CAUUUGCAUAGCUUUCCAGCACAGUUAACAUAAAAACAGAUUUUAGAUAUGAGUCAGCUGUUGGGUCGCCAAGACUGUAUCAAGAGUCUCCGAAAAGACGUAGUCGACAUUCAGGGUGCGGUUCUGGACGUCUUUUCCAGAACUGGACCGGUUCGUUUUUCCUCCUGGAAGUUCCCUGACAAACUUUCCUGUAAUCUGGACAUCGUGGCUUUGCUGGAGGAGUAUGACUAUUUGGAUGGGGAGGAUGCCUUCAACCAGCACUCCCACAUUGUUUUACUGGAACUGAUGAUUGACAGAUUACUGCUUCUCCUCCAGAGUGUUAGUGUCUAUGUUGAGCAACAGAGGGCAAACCCGAGGAGGGAGCACCCCCAGCAGAAUGGAUUCCAGUCGGUAGGCCUCGUGGUUAAGAACUAUUGGAUAAAUUUAGUUCAAUUUGCCAGCCAAAAGGAGCUUUCCAAAGAUGUGAUAAAACAGACAAAGAUACCUAAGUGUGAUGAGACAGCAUCUCCUCUGUCUAACUCAAGGACUGACUAUUACAGAUGCCUGUCUGCCAGGUCUUCAGCAAAUUCAUUUAAAACUCUCCCACAAAAUAAUGUACCUGCCUGUCCCACCCACAAAACCCUGUUUUGUUGUAAAGCUGACCACCGUAAUGUGAGCAGUCAAACGAUAGAAUCAUCAUUCGUUCCCUGCGAUGCGUGCCAUCAAGUGCAAUCCCUGUUGAGAAACACAGGAGAUGCUUUAGUCAAUCUGUUUCAAAGUGAGGGCCUGCCCUCAUCUCUUCAGCCUUUCUCAGAAGUUGUGAAGGACACGGUGAGGGUGGGACACAUGAGCACAGGUGAUGUUGCCCAGUGGGCCAAUGAGCAGCUCAGGGACAUGCGCCGCCUGGCAAAACAUCUGCAGGAUGUGCGGGGUACAGUGCAGCCGCUCAGAGACAAGUUAGCGGCAGCUGAAAUGGACUGCAGCAGAUUCAGAUCUCAGCUGGAAAAAGCGCAGAACGAGUUCAAGGGAGUACUAGACAAACACCAAGCAAACAUAGUCCAGCUGGAGUUUUCGCUGGGGAAAGCGCAGAGGUCCAUGAAAGAGAGCGAACAGAGGCUACGGGAAGAGCAACAGCAACUCAGAAAAGAAACCUUGACGUUGGAGGAGAGUAACACCAAACUAAAAGAAAAAGUAUCUUUGCAGCAAGAAACUUUACAAGCACUUGAGUUUGAAAAGAAUGCACUGCAAGAAAAAGUGAAGACCCUGCUAACAGAAGAAGAGACCUGCUGCAGACUUCAGCAAAGGAUCCAGCAGCUAGAGGCCGAAAUAUCUGCCUCUCAACUCCUACUUGAUAAGGAGAGUGCCAAAUACCAGAGUGCUUGUCGUCAACAAGAAGCAAUGCAGGCAAAGCAGAGGUCUUUGCUAAAGAGAGUUGAUGCUCUUGAUGAGGAGUGUGAAGAGCUGCAGAGGCAGCUGGGCGACAAAGAGGAGGGAGAGAUCGACUUGAGCAAUCAGCUGCAACAGAUAUCAGAGGUGAAGGAACAACUACAGACUCAGCUCAGUCAACAGCAGGACUUGAAUGUAGACCUUCAAAAAGAAAAAGAAGUGCUAGAAAAACAUGUGGAUGAGCUGCAAAAGGGCAUGGCUGAGCUAAAGGAACAUGUGCACGCUUUAAGAGAGCGGGAGAGGCUUUUGGUGGCUUUUCCAGAACUUAACACAUUUUCUCAGACUCAGCCACAGAGUACAGGGAACAUGCUUUUGGAUAUGGAGCAACAACUUCAGGCAAACAGCAUUCGUAUAAAAGUUCUGGAGGAGGAAAAUGCUACACUACAGAAAUGUCUUGUGAAACUACAUCAAACAGCACAAAAUAAGACCACCUUGGAGACUUUACCUUUGCAGGAAAUGAGCACACCAACAAAAAAACAACAAAGUAAUUUGACCCAAAUGCCGAGGAGUCCAUCACUGGGCAGCAGUGUGCCUCAACCAGAAUGCAGUGACACAGAAAUGGAAGACAGGGGAGCACAGAGGGAGGUGCACUCAGCUGGGUUGGAGGAUCAUGUGUCGGCCUCUCAUUUGUCCCUGCAAAUUCAUCCUCAAACCCUCCACCUCAACACAGACUCCACUGCUGUCAAAGGUCACACACAAACUCGAAGCAUUUCCCGGCUUUCUCACUGUGGAGACUUUACCCAAAGGAAAAAAUAAAAUUAUGGGAGUAUAACCACAUGUAUAUAGCUGCUUCAAGGCUUUGUAUGAGGAUAUUUGACAACAACUUUCAUGUCUCAUAAUCAUUUCCCUCUCCAUUACACUAAAACUUUUGUAUUUUCUCUUCUUUCAAUGGAUUAAAACAUUUCCAACACCUCUCAUUACACUAAGCAAAACAUACCCUUGAUAAACAUACUGUGGAUUUUGCUAAUAAAGCAGGGCAAUGGUGGAGAAAGCGUAUGAGGUUUCAGGUUGCCAUGUUUGUCCAACAAACACGGAUGUGUCUGAAUAGAAGGCCUUCAGAGCAUGUAAAGUGCCA